CACGGGAGCGCGCGGCGGUGUCGGGCCGAGCGCGGCGGGGCCGCUCGGCUCCCGCUCCCGGUCCCGUCAUGCAGGCGGUGGAGCGGGACGGGGCGGCAGGCGGCCCCGAAGGGGCGACGGGAGCUCCUGAGGCCCCGCCGGAGCCGCCGCCGCCCAAGGCCGCCGCUGCUUUCGACCUGCUGGAGCUGGUGCGGAGCUACCGGCGGCUGGAGCUCUACCUGGAGCCGCUGCGGGACGCCGCCGACGGUGUCCGCUCCCUCCUCCGGUGGCAGCGGCCUGUGUGCUCUCUCCUGGUCUGCCUCGGCCUCAACUUCCUCCUGCUCACCCUCGGCCAAGCUGCGUGGUACUCGGUGCUCGCCCUGCUGGUCGCGGUGCCGGCCCUGCUGGGUUACCUGCAAGAGACGUGCCGAGCCCGGCCCUCGGAACCCGAGCUGGUGCGCAGGAGGUACCACAGCAUCCGCAGGGAGGAUCUGCGCAAGGUGCAGCUCUCGCGGCAGGAGGCCAUCGCCCAGGUCAAGAGCUUCCUGAUCCAGCUGGAGGGGUUUCUGAACGGGAUGUGCUGCAGCUGUGAGGCAGUGUACCGUGUGCUGUACUGGGAGAACCCCACCGUCUCUUCCCAGUUUUAUGGGGUGCUACUGGGAACUAUCUGUGUCCUCUACCUGCUGCCCCUCUGCUGGGUCCUGGCCAUCCUCAAUAGCACCCUCUUUCUGGGCAACACCCAGUUCUACCAAGUGAUAAUGGAGCUCAAGGCCUCCAUUGAGCAGUGUGUGGGCUCCAAACCCCUUGAGAGCACUCCAGAACCUGCUGAACCCCUGCCACCAGCUGCUGCCCCAGAUCGGACCCCCACCCCCACCAGUGCAGAGGACCUUACUCCUGGCAGCGUGGAGGAAGCAGAGGAGGCAGAACCUGAUGAAGAGUUCAAAGAUGCAAUUGAGGAGAACCAGCUGCUGGUCAUGGAGGAUGAUGAGAGCUCUCAGUGCUCAGCAGAUUUUGACCUCAGCCUCCCAGACAAUGGUUUUAUGAGCAAAAAUGAGGUGAUCCGCAGCAAGGUGUCCCGCCUGACCGAGCGCCUGCGCAAGCGCUACCCCAGCAACAACUUUGGGAACUGCACGGGCUGUGCUGCCACCUUCUCUGUGCUCAAGAAGAGGCGGAGUUGCAGUAACUGUGGGAACAGCUUCUGCUCCAGGUGUUGUUCCUUCAAAGUCCCCAAGGCUGUGAUGGGAGCCACGGCCCCGGAGGCUCAGAAGGAGACAGUGUUCGUGUGUGCACUCUGCAACCAGGUGCUCAUCAAGUGAUGAAACAGGCCCAGCCAGCUCCUGUGUCCUGCACUGCCUGAGACCUGGGACAGCGGGCAGGCACCCUUGCCACUGGGAGCCUGGAGUGUUUGGAUCCCAGCAUGGCAUUCCCCUGCCAGAGGAUGCUUGCACUUGUGCUCCUCCUGCCAGCACCAGGCUGGAUGGACCAGCCUCCCUUGCCAUGCACCAGCUGGGUCACUGUGGUGGAGCACUGCCCACGGCUGUGCCCCAUCCCUGCAGCUGCUCCAAGCCCUGGGUGCUCUCUGGCACUUGCUGUGCCCUGCCACGUGCUUGUCCAGGCCCUUUGGCCUGGCUCAGUGAUGGAAGAGCCAUCCUUCCUACUCGUGGUCCUGCCUUCACCUCCUGGGUGGGGCAGAACAACCUCAGGGCGCUGUCCCUACCUUUCCCAGCACUGUGCUAUAAGUGACUGUAUUUUUGGGAUCAAUUCAGAGCUCCUCCUGCAUCCCUUGGGAACUAGCUAGGUCUUUCAUCCUGGCUCAGCUGAGACUGCUAGUCACUCCUGUGCUCCUCAGCCUCACUGCCUGCAGGUUUAGUCUUUUACCCCCGAAUUUGGCUGUAACCCAGAGGAAGAAAGAGAAUGAAUUUGGAUUGGGCUGUGUGGCUGGGUCUCCAGUGUGACAAAAGGCAGGAGUCGGUGCUGCUCUGUGCACUUAGUGACUGCUGCUUUCUACUACAGAUUAAUAUAUAAAUGCGUAUAGAGAAUGGCCAAUAAAUCUCUUGUCCUCA